UCUCCCUCUCUCUCCCCUCUCUCACUCACUUAUGACAGCACUCCGUGAUGAACCACGCGCACCCAUCACCCUCCACAUCCUCUACACGCGCGCAUUUGGAACGGCACGCAUGCACGCGAGGAGCGGCGUCCUACCAGCAUCUCCCGUCGUUGCCAUAACAACCGGAGCUACAAUGUAUUGUAGCGCCGUUUGAUGGAAUGAUUAGGAGGAGGAGGAGGAGGGGAGGAGCGGCUAAAAUCCCAUCGUGCGUAGCGCGAGACGAGAGAGAGAGCGAGCUCGCCGUUGGCUGAGCACGCGGUAGAGGGGGGCAGAGCGCGCGUGUGUGUGUGUGUUACCGGUAACGAGUCGUCGCAGGUGCCGCCGUUGAAGGUGGCAGUUCGGUGUGUUUGUGUGUGAGAGAGGUGUGCGUAUGUGACUGGCCGUGUGUACCGACUGAGGAUCUAUCAUCUGGAGCUCGACGUUUUCCGUGGCGCGCGAGCAGGAAGUGAGCGCCCCUUGCACCGUGGGAAAGGAGAGCCCCGUCGUCUCGAGCACCAGCGAGACUCCUCGAGUCAUCUCCGUCCGCCCGGGUAUCCCCCCCACCCGUACCCCCGUACCCCUGCCCGCUCACCCGGGGUGAGCAGUGAGUACCGCCGCGAUGGCUCGCGAGAACGGAGACGGCGGGAAAGGGACGUGGAAGAAACAAGCGGACGACAUCAAAAGCAUCUUCGACUUUAAGGAGGUCCUGGGGACCCAGAGAACCUGCUGUACUUCAACCCUCUGGACGAGUCCAAGAUCAUGAUCAGUGACUUCGGCCUGUCAAAGAUGGAGGGCAGCGGUGACGUCAUGUCCACGGCCUGCGGAACGCCGGGAUACGUGGCCCCUGAGGUCCUUGCCCAGAAGCCCUACAGCAAGGCGGUAGACUGCUGGUCCAUCGGCGUCAUCGCAUACAUCCUGCUGUGCGGCUACCCUCCGUUCUACGACGAGAACGACUCCAAGCUGUUUGAGCAGAUCCUGAAGGCCGACUACGAGUUUGACGCACCGUACUGGGACGACAUCUCCGACUCAGCUAAGGACUUCAUCAGCAGCCUUAUGGAGAAGGAGCCCACGCUGCGGUUCACCUGCGAACAGGCCCUGAGACACCCCUGGAUCGCGGGGGACACUGCGCUCUCGAAGAACAUCCACGAGUCGGUCAGCCGGCAGAUCAAGAAGAACUUCGCCAAGAGCAAGUGGAGGCAAGCGUUCAAUGCCACGGCGGUGGUGCGCCACAUGAGGAGGCUGCAGCUGGGCAGCAGCAUGGACGGUGGGGGGGGCCGGCAGAGGAACCAGGCCCCCAAGGCCCCCGCGGUGCCGGCCCCCCCGGGGCCCGACCCGGCGGCCCCCCUGGGCCAGACCGCCCUGACCACGCCCGCCCUCCCCGCCAAGAGCUCCUCCCCAGCGGACGGGGGCCAUCCCGCCGGCCGCCAGGACUGUGUGUCUGUUCCUGCCCCGGCCACGCCCUGCAGCCUGGCCUCCGCGGCCACGCCCCCCAUCGCCUCUGUGGCCCCGCCCCCGGUCGCCACGGAGACCAAGUGACGCCAGAUCCCGCGGGGGACCAGCUGGGAGGCCACCGCGCUGUGAGGGGCGAGAGAGAGAGAGGGAGGUAAAGCGAGGCAGAGAGAGAGAGAGAGAGAGAGAGAGAGAGAGAGAGAGAGAGAGAGAGAGAGAGAGA